UUGGGGGGGAGUGAAAACUGGAGCUGCGUUUCGCCCCCCCCUCCCCGCUCCCCCCCCGGCUCUGGGCGAGCCAGACACGGUUUGCCCAGUGCAGAGAGAGGGGCUCCGUGUUCCGCCUCCGUGGAGUAUUUGGGAUUGGAGAGAGACACACACACACACACGCGCACACACACACACGCACACAGAGACCAUCUGCAGUGUCAAUGCGGCGCCUGCUCUGAAGACUGAAGUGGGGGGAAAGGAGAGGAGAGGAAAAUAAUUUUUUUUAUAUUUAUAUCUAUACCAAAACCCACCCAAAGCGAGCGAGGAGCAUUCCCAGGACACAAUCUGCCGGGGAAUUGGUGUUUUGAAGAGUUUUACAGCUCCUAAUCCUCGUUGCCUUGGGAAUACAAACCUCUCUAAUCAUGUCACCGGCCAUGUGGAAAUGGACUUGCCUGGUUUCUCACCUCCUGCUGUCCACCACRGUGUCCCCUCUUGGCAGGCAGCAGCCACCCCAUCCAAAGAGGCCAUUCAUCACCUUCACCGGAGAGCAGGCAGAGGGAAACUUCAACCACUUGGUGGUGGACGAAAGAACUGGGCACAUUUACCUGGGGGCUGUCAACAGGAUCUACAAACUCUCCAGUGACCUGAAGGUCCUGGUGACCCAUGAGACUGGUCCUGACGAUGAUAACCCCAAGUGUUAUCCUCCCAGGAUAGUCCAAACCUGCAACGAACCCUUGACGCCCACCAACAACAUAAACAAAAUGCUCCUCAUAGACUACAAGGAGAACCGGUUGAUAGCCUGUGGGAGCCUCUACCAGGGCAUCUGCAAGCUCCUGAGGCUGGAUGACCUCUUCAAGCUCGGAGAGCCCUUCCACAAGAAGGAGCACUACCUCUCUGGGGUGAACGAGAGUGGCUCUGUUUUUGGAGUCAUUGUUUCUUACAGCAACAUGGAUGACAAGCUGUUCAUCGCCACGGCCGUGGAYGGCAAACCGGAGUAUUUCCCCACCAUUUCCAGCAGGAAGCUCACCAAGAACUCCGAGGCCGACGGGAUGUUCGCGUACGUCUUUCACGACGAGUUUGUGGCCUCUAUGAUCAAGAUCCCCUCGGACACCUUUACCAUCAUCCCCGACUUUGACAUCUACUAUAUCUACGGCUUCAGCAGCGGGAACUUUGUCUACUUCCUGACCCUGCAGCCUGAGAUGAUCUCCCCACCCGGCUCCACCACCAAGGAGCAGGUUUACACCUCCAAGCUGGUCCGGUUGUGUAAGGAGGACACGGCCUUUAAUUCCUAYGUGGAGGUGCCCAUUGGCUGUGAGAAGAACGGGGUGGAAUAUCGAUUGCUCCAGGCAGCCUACUUGUCCAAGGCUGGAGCCAUCCUGGCCAGGUCUCUGGGGGUGGGCCCCGAGGAUGAUAUCCUCUUCACAGUCUUCUCCAAGGGGCAGAAAAGGAAGAUGAAGUCUUUGGAUGAGUCUGCUCUUUGCAUCUUUGUCCUGAAAAAGAUCAACGACCGCAUCAAGGACAGGCUUCAGUCCUGCUACAGGGGAGAGGGGACGUUAGAUCUGGCCUGGCUCAAGGUCAAGGACAUUCCCUGUAGCAGCGCGCUGUUAACGAUUGAUGACAAUUUCUGUGGCCUGGAUAUGAAUGCCCCAUUGGGAGUAUCAUCUAUGGUGCGAGGGCUCCCCAUUUUCACCGAGGAUGGGGACAGGAUGACCUCAGUGAUUGCCUAUGUCUACAAGAACCACUCCCUGGCUUUUGUGGGCACCAAGAGUGGCAAGCUCAAGAAGAUCCGCGUGGAUGGCACCACCAAGAACACGCUGGAGUACGAGAUCGUGCAGGUGGUGGACAGUGGCCCCAUCCUCCGGGACAUGGCCUUCUCCGUGGACCAYGAGCACCUCUACAUCAUGUCUGAGAAGCAG